AUGCCUAUGCCUCUAGCUAGCUUGCUACCUCUACUCUUGAUCGAUUCAGCUUUCGCACUUCCAGCCGAUUCUUCCUCCGAGACCGUGCAAGCUUCAGCGAGCACUGGAGCAUCAAGCGCCAGCUCUGAGAGCAGUACCAGCACAGACUGUGAUUACGAUGGAAAUGUCGGUGACUACCUCUCUUGCGCAAAGAGCAAGAUAUCUACCACAGCGUUGAUCGGUGCAGGCAUCGGUGUGACCCUGGGUGUCUUUGUUCUCGCUUUCGGGUGCAUCUGGAUCACCAGGAAAAAGCGAAAGAAGGUGACCGAUGACAGGGACCAAGAUGCAGACGAAGGCGAAGAAAGCGGUAUCGAUAGCGAGAAGGUCAGUAAGAGAAGACGCGCGAGACAGAGGAACAGGGAAGAAAGCGAAGCAGAAGAUGACUGGAGACCAAUCAAGCUGAGAGAGGAUGAACCUCCGACAUAUCAAGAGGCGAGGCGGAACCACGGAAAGAAGGGAGGCAGUCACUGCGAUAAUAAUACCGACUCAUCCAGUUCCGAGCUCGAUCCUCUGCCGAGGAAAGGCGGUCCAAGGAAGGGCAGUAGAGAUACGAUUUAUUCGCAGCGCGCUGUUCGUCCGGCGCCUUCUGUUGCUCAACCUUCUCUCCAAGCUCCUUUUGGGAACAGUGGCUCACCUGGACAGGAAGCAAUCAUGAGUGGAAGGCAAUUGUAUCCUUCUAAUCCGUCACCAGACCCUCGACACCUCCAGCCUCGUCAGCAUCAGCAGCCUCCCACUAACGCUGCCCGCGAUAGCGUCUUCUCAACAUAUAGCACGAGACCACCCGCUCGGGGUCCCCAACCUGCCCUCCCAUCAAUGACCACUGCCCGAGCGAGCGUCUCGUCCUCCUUCACCUCGAGACAACCCAGCAGAGGUCCUCAGCCGCCGUUUCCGUCAGCUAUGAGAUCCUCAGUACACUCUCGAGCCCCUCUUCGGGGCGCAGCAGGAUCCAGACCGACAUCGACCGUGUCUUUCUCCAAAGAACAGCCGAGCACGCUUGACGUACCACCAAUGCCUGCACUGCGCGGGCAAACAUCUGCGCCUCGACGCGAUCGCCCUCCAACACGUCUGUUGAGAUCAGAGCCGCAUACUCCCGCACCUUUGCAAGCUCCUCUUGUCCAGGCACCUGCUUUGCCGUCUUCUCUCCUCACCAGCAACCCUGCAAAUCUCACAGCACCGCUCAACAUUCGAAAGUCAGUCGUGCCCAGCAAUUACAUACCAUCAUACUACCAAUCCUCCUCGAAUAGACCAGAGUCUGCAGAGACUUCCUCUCUGCCGUUCUUGUCCGACAAGUCUGACGAGUCUCCUCCGGAUCCGUCGAUGAAACCGGUACCCGUGGAAAUGCUUUCGCCCUCGUCGGACAAGAGUACACUCAACUCGGCUCGACUUGAGAACAAUAUGAAUGCUCGAGAGCGCCUCAGUAGUGGUUCGGAAGAAUCGAGGAUGGGACCUAUAUCAACCGUAUCACCUUUCAAAGGCAAGACGGCGCCGGCGAGAUUGUCGGGAUCAACAGGAGCCAGAGAUGGGGGGCAGAAGCCAAUGAGUCGAAGGCGAAGUGAGACCGGAGGAGUGAUAUGA